UUCAUGGCUGCUGCCCAAACUUUUUUUCUUAAUUCAAUUUUCACUUCCAAGUUGCAGAGCAGGACAGAGCAGGCAGCACCAUUCCCACCUACCCCGAGCUUGGAUUCUUGGGCCUUCUUUCCAUUAAGAUCUCCCCAUAACAACUAUUUUGCACUCCCACUUUACUCUGUCCACUAACCGAGAAGAAGAGGCAGGGACAAAAGCCUCUCUUCUCUUGCCUUUACUUUUCCAUGGCGGCCGCCGCAGCCGCAUCCUCUGCCUUGCCGGUCCUCCUCCUCUUCCUCCUUCCCCUCUCAUUCGCCGCCGGCGCCCGCUCGCCAUGCUUCACAUCAUUCUUCAGCUUCGGCGACUCCAUAACUGAUACCGGCAACCAGAUGCUGUUGGCUCCCGAGGGCAACCUACCUCACUGCUGCUUCCCUCCUUACGGCGAGACCUACUUCGGCCGACCGUCUGGCCGCUGCUCCGACGGCCGUCUCAUCGUCGAUUUCAUCGCUGAGCAUUUGGGGCUUCCGUUGCUGACGCCGUUCCCGGGGAAGCUUCACAGCAACGAUUUCCCGUUGGGGGCCAACUUCGCGGAAGGAGGGGCGACGGCGCUGGACUUCCACUUCCUGGCGGAGAAAGGGAUUUAUAACACGCACACCAAUCUAUCGCUGCAGGUAGAGAUCGAUCGAUUCAAGGAAUUGCUGGCCACCAUCUGUUCAUCUCCCUCUGAAUGCAAGGACUACCUGAGCAAAUCUCUGAUUCUGCUGGGAGAGAUUGGAGGAAUCGACUACAAUCGAGCAUUCUUUGAAGAUGUUGCCAGCGACAAAAUCAUCGCCAUUGUGCCGUACGUCGUUGCCGAGAUUGGCAAAUCAGUCAAGCAAUUGGUUGAGUUAGGGGCGGUAACGAUUCUGAUCCCUGGGAACCUCCCCAUCGGGUGCUGGCCGGGAUAUCUGACCAAGUUCUGGAGCCCCAAUAAGGAAGACUACGACCCAUUAAGCGGCUGCCUGGUUUGGUAUAACAAUUUCGCUCAACACCACAACAAACUCCUCCAACACCAAAUUGUUCGUUUGCAGAAACUUUACCCUCACACCAACUUGAUCUACGGGGACUACUUUGGCUCCGCCACGCGAUUCCACCGACAUCCUCAAAAAUUUGGGUUUACUGGUUCGGCAGUGGUGGCUUGUUGUGGAGGUGGAGGGCCGUAUAACUACAAUGAGUCUUUGAUUUGUGGGAACCCGGGAUCAAAGGCUUGCGCCGAGCCGUCGACCUACGUGAAUUGGGACGACCAUCAUUUCACUGAAGCGGCGUAUAGGAUAGUGGCUAAGGACGUGUUGGAAGGUCCAUUUUCGACUCCUCGAUUCAAUGCGUCUUGUCUCGUGGGCCGGACUACCGACAGUGGGCGACAUUCCUCCUACUAGUUUGUUUUGGGCCCAAAGAGGAAAAUUUAAUGAUGUAGAUGCUGCCCAUGUGUACGACGUCGAGGGCAUGGUUCUAGUGGUGGUUAAUCUCUUGGGCUUUUUAAUUUUGUUCCGCCCAGUAAUUCAAUUGGGCCAAGAUUGAGUUGGCCAUGAUUUAGUGUCUAAAAUUAUGUUGCAUUUUUUUAUAAAAAUAAAAUAGAAAAAUUAUGUUGCA